CUGUUCAAGAUGGCGGCUCCCACGCGUACGGUUCCAGCGCUGCGGAAGUUCAGGGGCAAGAUGGCAGCGUCCAGCAGUACGGACGCGCUCCUCCCCGAGGCGCACGCGUGACCCAGCGGCGCUGCCGUAGCUGGCCGGGGUCAACAUGGCGGCAGCCAGGCGCAGGAGUCUGGCGUCGGGGCUAGCGGGGGCCUGAGGCGCCGAGCCGGCCCCAUGGAGAGCCCCGGGGAGCGGUUCCCGGCCGCGGCCGUGGCGGCCGUGCUGAAGCCCAGCGCCGGGCUGCCCGAGGAGAGCCUGCAGGUGCGGGGCUACGACUUCGACCGCGGGCUGGAUCACCGCGCCCUGCUCCAGUCCUACCUCACCACCGGCUUCCAGGCCACCAGCUUCGGGCAGGCCGUGCAGGAGAUCAACAGGAUGAUCGCGGCGAAGCUGGAGCCGCUGGGCGAGGAGGAGGAGACCCGCGCCGACCUGAACCCCUGCCGCCGGCAGCCCUCGGGCUGCACCAUCUUCCUGGGCUACACCUCCAACCUCAUCAGCUCGGGCAUCCGCGAGACCAUCCGCUACCUGGUGCAGCACAACAUGGUGGACGUGCUGGUCACUACAGCAGGCGGCGUGGAAGAGGAUCUCAUCAAAUGCCUGGCGCCUACCUACGUGGGGGAGUUCAGCUUGCGGGGGAAGGAGCUUCGGCAGAACGGGAUCAACAGGAUCGGGAACCUGCUGGUGCCCAACGACAACUACUGCAAGUUUGAAGACUGGCUUAUGCCCAUCCUGGACCAGAUGAUCGCUGAGCAGAACAUGGAGGCUGUGAAAUGGACCCCGUCCAAGAUGAUCGCACGGCUGGGCAAGGAAAUAAACAACCCUGAAUCGGUCUAUUACUGGGCACAGAAGAACAACAUCCCGGUGCUGAGCCCGGCCCUGACGGACGGAUCCCUGGGGGACAUGAUCUUCUUCCACUCCUACAAGAACCCGGGUUUGGUGCUGGACAUCGUGGAAGAUCUCCGGCUGAUCAACACCCAGGCCAUCUUCGCCAAGAAGACAGGCAUGAUCAUCCUGGGAGGGGGGCUUGUCAAGCACCACAUCGCCAACGCCAACCUGAUGAGAAACGGUGCCGACUACGCCGUCUACGUUAACACAGCACAGGAGUUCGACGGCUCCGACUCGGGGGCGCGGCCAGACGAGGCGGUGUCCUGGGGGAAGAUCCGCAUAGACGCCAAGCCAGUGAAGGUUUAUGCCGACGCCUCCCUGGUUUUCCCGCUGCUGGUGGCCGAGACCUUCGCCCAGAAAGCCAGCGCCUUCGGCUCCGAGAAGCAGCAUGACUGAGACCCCUGGCCCAGCAGGGCCCCGGCCUGGGAUGUAGUGUGGGGAGUCCGGAGGGGGACGGGAGUCCUAGGCCCCAGGAGCAAAUAGGUUCAUACCCCCGCCCAUCACCAGACACUGCACCUCCCCCUGCCUCUGCCCUGUGGCUGUGCUGGGCUUGCCCUGGGAUCCCAGGGAAGUGGGGGAGGGUCUGGCUUUAUCCCUGUCCCUCUCUUUAACACCCUGCUUCCAAAUUCACAAGGGCUGGGGCGUGCCUGAGCGUCAGGACUCCUGGGUUCGAGUCCCAGCUCUGCCGCUGACUGGUUGGGUGACCCCCGACCCCCCCCCCCCCCCCCCCCGCGUAGAAUGGGGGUGGCCUUGCCUGCCCUCAGGGGCUGUGAUGCUCAGUGCAUUGGGGCGUUGGCAGAACCUGGCACCUGCGGACCCCUGUACCCGCAUCCACCUUGGGCCCCAUGGACUCGUGCUGGGACCUGUUCUUCCUUCCAGUUGUUUAUUUACUGAUUGGACACUUUGGGUGGCUGGGGGCAGCAUGGCCAGGCCUGGGCCCGGCCCUGCUGAUGCAUGGCAAGUUUUAACAAACACGAUUUUAUUAUUCGGCUUUUGGGAAAGAACCCCUGUGUUCCCAUCCCACCUGGUCAGGACAUCUGCCCUACCCCGGAUGUUAACCUCAGCUGAAACCAGCAGCGAAGAUCCGGCCGGCCGGCUUUCAACGGAGGUUAGCAGCUCACCCCCGGCUCCCCUCAUACGUCAGCGGCUGAGCUGCGUUAAACCCGCCCUGCUGCGUGUUCCGCGACCCAGAGGGGAGAACGCCCUGAGCGCAGGUUAACUGAGCACAGUCGCAAGGGCAGCCUGGGGGGGAUGUGAGCUGUGCCCCCGUGGGGAGAGCCCGGGUGCCUGCUGUUCUAACCUGCGCUCGGAACACCCCCUUCUGCAGUGGAGAGAGAACCGCCUGGCAGGGCUGAGCUCCGGCGCCUGCCCGCCCCUGCCCAGGAGCGAUUUACUGGCCGCUGCUCUUCAAGAGCAGCGUCUGUGCAGCAGGGAAACCAGAGUUUAGCUCCUGUCUGGACCUGGUGCCCAGGUGUCGGUUUCCUCGCAGGGCGCUGGUUGUGCCCUCUGGAACGGACCAGGGGCAGCUGAGGGUGAAGCAGUGGGGGCCGGGGGGGUCACUGCGGGGUACUUGACCGAUGGAAAGGACGUGUGGCAGCAGUAGCCGGGCCCAGGCCCUGGGGAAUGGAUUUUGAGGAAGUUCUAAAAAAACAAAGUCCCAGACGGAGGAUGGUCAGAGCCCUUGGAGGGGUGGGGGGUGCCUCCCCGUUAAUGUUAGCCCCUAGUAUCUUCUGAAGUCUCCCAGGCCCCUGAGCCAGCUGGGGCUGUGUCCAGCCGCCCCCUGGAGUGUAGGGUGAUAGUGGGGGGCCAGGUGGUUAGAUGGGGACUGUAGGGUCACUGGUUGGUACAUCGGUGCUGGGCAGGCCUAUGACUCCUGCAUGGCUUGCUCUGGGGCUCGCUGCUGCUGCUCCCCCACAGAGUCUGUAGAGUCCCGGCCCCGACUCAGAGACAUGGCUCAAUAAAGCAGCUGCCCC